AUGAGCACAUCAACUUUUUAUGGUGAAGCUUGCUUUCUAGCUUGCGUUAUCUUGUAUGCUCUACUUGUUUCAUUACCAAACAAUGCUUUUGCUUCUGCUAGCUCUAGUUCUAGUUCCAGUGAAGCAGAGGCUCUUUUAGAAUGGAAAGCCAGUUUCCAAAACCAAACCCAGAAUAAUCUGACCUCAUGGACUUACUCUCCUAGUAGUUCCACCAAUCCAAAAGCAAAUGCAAGUCCAUGCAACGUUUGGACUGGUAUUUCAUGCAACACUGCUGGAAAUGUCAACAAGAUAAACCUCACCAAUUCUGGUAUUCAAGGUACACUUCAUGAAUUAUCAUUCUUGUCCUUCCCUAAUCUUGAAUAUCUUGACCUUAGCUACAACAAACUCCUUGAUGCCAUCCCACCUCAGAUUAGUUCCCUCUCCAAACUCACCUAUCUUGAUCUAUCUGGUAAUCUGUUGUUUGGAAAAAUCCCACCAGAAAUUGGUCGUCUCACAAAUCUUCAGGUCUUGCACCUAAAUGAAAACCACUUAAAUGGCUCAAUUCCUCAAGAGAUGGGUCACUUAAAAAACCUAGCAAAUUUGUCUCUCUAUGACAAUGAGCUUUCUGGUUCCAUUCCUCCAGAGGUAGGAAACCUUUCAAAUUUGGUUGAAAUAGAAUUGGCUAGAAACCAUUUAACAGGUCUGAUCCCUCCAAAUUUUGGAAGCUUAAAAAACCUGGCAUAUUUGGUUCUCUAUGACAAUCAACUUUCUGGUCCAAUGCCUCCAAAUUUUGGAAGCUUAAAAAGCCUAACUCUGUUGCACUUUAACAAUAAUAAUCUUUCUGGUUCAAUACCAACAUCUUUAGGUGAUCUAACAAACCUUACCUCUCUCUAUCUCUAUGGAAAUCAAUUUUCUGGUGCCAUUCCAAAAGAGAUAGGUAACCUGAAGUCUAUGGUAGAUUUAGAGUUGAGCAGAAAUCAACUCAGUGGCUCCAUUCCACCAUCAUUUGGUGACUUGAGAGACUUAGAAGCCUUAUUCCUUCGUGAAAACCAACUUUCCGGAUCCAUCCCUGAACAGAUAGGGAAUCUCAUGAAGUUGACUAUACUGGAAUUGGAUACUAACCAAUUUACUGGUUAUUUGCCACGAAAUAUUUGCCGAGGUGGAUUACUGGAAAACUUUACAGUAUACACCAACCAUUUGAUAGGUCCACUCCCCCAAAGCUUGAAAACUUGCAAGAGCUUAGUUAGACUCCUUCUUCAUGGGAACCAUCUGACGGGAAAUAUAUCUGAAGAUUUUGGUGCCUAUCCAAAUCUUCAAUAUAUAGACCUAAGCCACAACAACUUCUACGGUGAAAUCUCACCUGUUUGGGGGGAAUGUUCAAGCUUAGGAACUCUCCGAGUCGCCGGAAACAACCUGACUGGCAGCAUCCCACCUGAGAUUGGCAAUGCAGCCCAAAUUCAUGUACUGGAUCUUUCUUCAAAUGGCUUAGUUGGGGUGAUUCCAAAUGCGAUUGGGAGAUUGACUUCUUUGCUGAGUCUGAUUUUGAAUGGUAAUCAACUUUGGGGUCACAUACCUUCAGAAUUUGAAUCAUUGAAGGCUCUUGAAUAUCUUGACUUGUCAACCAACAAAUUCAAUGGGUCAAUUCCAAGCACUUUAGGUGACUUCUCCAAUUUACACGACUUGAAUUUGAGCAACAACCAGUUCAGCAAAAAAAUUCCAUUUCAAUUGGGGAAUUUAGUCCACUUGUCCCAACUAGACUUGAGUCAUAAUUCACUAGAGCAUCAAAUACCAUCAGAAAUAAGCCAAAUGCAAAGCUUGCUGAUUCUGAAUCUUUCCCACAAUAAUCUUUCUGGUUCCAUACCCAUAAAUUUCAAACAAUUGCAUACCUCGGUUCUAAUCGACAUAUCCUACAACCAGUUGCAGGGUCCCGUCCCCAACAACAAAGCAUUUCAAGAUGCUCCUUUGGAAGGCAAUGACGGAUUGUGUGGUAACAUUGCAGGACUUCAACCCUGCAGUAUUCCCUCCAUGGAAAAUAAGCAUGCCUCAAAAAAAGAUCGAAGACUCGUGUUUAUAAUUGUUUUCCCUGUCUUGGGGACACUUUUACUUUUCCUUGCCUUCCUUGGAAUUGCCUUGGUUAGAAAAAGAAGAAUUAAAGAGCAGGAUACAGAGCAGAGCAAUGAGGUGCACAGAAAUUUCUUUUCCAUAUCUGAAUUUGAUGGAAGAAGACUUUAUGAGGAAAUCAUCAAGGCAACCAAUGAUUUUGAUGCUCUAUAUUGCGUUGGAAAGGGAGGAUCCGGAAGUGUCUACAAGGCAGAGCUGCUAUCAGGUAGCAUAUUUGCAGUGAAGAAGCUCCACCCAAUAAUUGAUGGUGAGGAGUCGUCUCGGAAGGAAUUUCUUAACGAAAUAAGGGCACUGAUAGAAAUACGGCACCGGAACAUUGUGAAACUUCGUGGUUUCUGUUCACACGCCCAUCACUCGUUUUUGGUCUAUGACUACAUAGAAAAAGGUAGCUUGGCUUCAAUCUUGAGCAAAGAAUACGAAGCUAACAAACUGGAUUGGAGCACAAGGGUGAGGAUUGUGAAAGGUGUAGCUCAUGCCCUGUCUUAUAUGCAUCAUGAUUGCUCACCACCUAUAGUGCAUCGAGACAUAUCAAGCAACAACAUUUUGCUCAAUUACGAAUAUGAGCCUUGUGUUUCAGACUUUGGCACUGCUAAGCUUCUAAAUGCAGACUCAUCGAAUUGGACUGCCUGUGCAGGCACAUAUGGAUAUAUAGCACCAGAGUUGGCCUACACAAUGAGGGUAACUGAGAAAUGCGACGUUUAUAGCUUUGGGAUGCUAGCACUGGAAGUGAUAAUGGGGAAGCAGCUGGGUGAAGUCAUAUCCUCUUUUUCCUCUUCAUCCGCCAAUGGAGGCAAAUUGCUGAAGGAUGUAUUGGACCAACGCCUCCCCGCUCCCACACCUCAUGUUCAGGAUGAAUUGGUAACCAUUGCAAGCCUAGCAAUGGCAUGCAAACAUCUCCAUCCACAAUCCAGGCCAACAAUGCACAGGGUUUCUCAGGUCCUGUCAUCCCACCCUGCAAGUUCCUCAGGACAACCAGAGAUUACACUUGCGCAACUCAUUAGUUAAUUAUCUAAAUUGU